GCUCCGUACACAAUCCGGAACCUGCACUAACUAAUUUCCGGCCCAAGCAAUCACGGCUCGGGAAUUGGCCAUGACACUUGUUGACGACUGCGUUCUGAUUGAGAGGGAGACAGACAGAGACAGACAGAGCUCGACUGCGCCCCGUGGUAAUUCGCGAUAGCAUAGACACCAACCCCGACGGCCAAUUGGAUCACCCACUACAACAUCCAACACCAUGGCGACCAAGCUUGGCCGAAGCAGGGCUUUGGCUUCAGCUUUGCGACCCGCGAGGCCCUCGCCCUCAGUCCAGCUGCGCUGCAUCAGCGCCACUGCCCGCACCAAUGCCAUCGCCAUGCCUUCCGACGCCCAGAACAUGAGGCAAGCUCCUAGAGAUCACCCCAAGGAGCUCAAGGCCCCCAUUGUCAACCCUGCCGACAAGUACCAGACCAAGGCCGACGACCUGCACCGCUACGGAUCGUGGGUCAUGGGCUGCUUGCCCAAGUACAUCCAGCAGUUCUCCGUCUGGAAGGAUGAGUUGGUCCUCUACAUCGCCCCUUCCGCAGUCAUCCCCGUCUUCUCCUUCCUGAAGUGUGAGUUGCCCCCAGCCCGCCGUUUGUUUCGCCUGGAGAAGCAGCAAUCUAACGUGCACCCAGACAACACCGCCGCCGAGUUCACCCAGUGCAGCACCGUCACAGCCGCCGACUUCCCCACGAGGGACCAAAGAUUCGAGAUCGUCUACAACCUUCUCAGUGUCAGGCAUAACGCUCGCAUCCGAGUCAAGACAUAUGCCGACGAGGCCACACCAGUCCCCAGCAUCACGAGCUUAUACGACGGUGCCAACUGGUACGAGCGUGAGGUCUACGAUCUGUUCGGUGUUUUCUUCGUUGGCCACCCGGAUCUCCGCAGAAUCAUGACUGAUUACGGUUUCGAGGGUCACCCUCUGCGCAAGGACUUCCCCUUGACCGGUUACACCGAGAUCCGUUACGACGAGGAGAAGAAGCGCAUUGUCACAGAGCCUCUUGAGCUCACACAAGCUUUCCGUAACUUUGAGGGAGGCUCUACUGCUUGGGAGCCCGUUGGGCCCGGUGCUGACCGCAAGCCCGACACAUUCAAGCUUCCCACACCGAAGCCCGAGGAGAAGAAGGAGGAGCCCAAGAAAUAGAUUAGAGCCGGGCACUGUACAUAAUUGUGACAACCACAAGAUUCAUGUUCCUUUUUUUUUUUUUUUUUUUCCUGACACAAG